GUGCUGAUCAACAUCGCCGGGCUGCGCUUCGAGACCCAGCUGGGCACCCUCAACCAGUUCCCCGACACGCUGCUGGGGGACCCCGAUAAGCGCAUGCGCUACUUCGACCCCCUCCGCAACGAGUACUUCUUCGACCGCAACCGGCCCAGCUUCGACGGGAUCCUCUACUUCUACCAGUCCGGGGGGAAGCUCCGCCGGCCCGUCAACGUCUCCAUCGACGUCUUCGCCGACGAGAUCCGCUUCUACCAGCUGGGCGAGGAGGCCAUGGAGCGCUUCCGCGAGGACGAGGGCUUCAUCAAAGAGGAGGAGAAGCCCCUGCCCCGCAACGAGUUCCAGCGCCAGGUCUGGCUCAUCUUCGAGUACCCCGAGAGCUCCGGCUCGGCCCGGGCCAUCGCCAUCGUCUCCGUGCUGGUCAUCCUCAUCUCCAUCAUCACCUUCUGCCUGGAGACCCUGCCGGAAUUCAGGGACGAGAGGGAGAUGCCCGUGCCCCUGCCUCCACAAAGAGGAGGUUUGAACGGCACAGCCGGGGACUCCCCCCCCAUGCAGCCACCCAGCAGCCUCUCUGACCCCUUCUUCAUCAUCGAGACCACCUGCGUCAUCUGGUUCACCUUUGAGCUCCUCGUCCGCUUCUUCGCCUGCCCCAGCAAGCCCGAGUUCUCCCGCAACAUCAUGAACAUCAUCGACAUCGUGGCCAUCAUCCCCUACUUCAUCACCCUGGGCACCGAGCUGGCCCACGAGCAGCAGCAGCCCGGGACUGGCAAUAGCAAUGGGGGCGGGGGCCAGCAGCAAGCCAUGUCCCUGGCCAUCCUCAGAGAUGGGGUGUCCUGGCACUGGGAUGACUAA